AUGAAUAAUCCUGAGGCUCUCAUCCAACAGGCCGAGAAGCUCGUGGCUAAGGGCAAAAGCGGAUGGAGUUUCUUUGGCGGCUCGGAAGAGAGAUAUGAGCAAGCUGCCACUUGCUACAGGCAGGCGGCUGAGGCAUACGAGCUGAGAAGUAACUUUCUCGAUGCAGCUGCUACAUAUGUGAAAGCAGCCGAAAUACAGGAGAAGAAUCUCAGUGAUGGUUUCGAAGCCCCCGACAGCUACGUCCAUGCCUCCGAUGCUUACCGAAGAGCCGUCAUGGAGGAGGCCAAGCCGAUCAACGAGAACGAAAAGGCCGAAGCGAAGGCAAAGGCAAUAAACUGCCGAAAAAAGGCCAUCAAAUUGACCGAGUCGUCCUCCAGUGGAAGUAAAUUGAGAAGAUUGUCGAGAAUGUACGAUGCAAUUGGUCAGAUAAAUGAGAAGGACAUCGCGGGCCCGCUUGUGCAGGCGAGGAGGAAUUUGUUGAGUUCGAAGACGCUGACUGCCGCGGAUGAGGAACGCAUGAAAAAUCUGGCGAUGGAAUUACAGCCGACUCCCAAUGAGGCCGACGAGCUGCAGUGGCUGCAGUCGAAGACAGCGUUUAGUGACGAGGAGAAGGCGCAUCUGAAGUGGCUGGAGAGUCAAAUUCUGCCAGCCCUGGAUGAAGCGCGCAUCGCGUACAAAGAAGCUGCUAACUUUUUACGCUUGGACGCGCCGCUGAGUGCCAGCAAGUUAUUUGAGCAAUAUGCUGACCUCAGCGUCUUCAUCGCCACUCUCCUUCCCCAUUCUACCGAGAAGAAUGCCAAUUCUACCCAGAAGGAUAAGAACUCCUAUUACGAAGACGCCCUCAACGCCUACGCGACUAUUCUCAAGGCCCUGCAAGGCGACCCAAAGAAGAACAGAUUUAGUAUCCCUACUUAUUGCUUCAAGUGGUGCGUCUGCCGUCUAGCCCAGUGCGACCACGUAGCUACAACGCGCGACAUCCCGACGUAUCAGGGAAUCGAAAUGGAUACGUAUCGGCAAUCCGAAAUGCAUCCAGAUACGCUAAAAAGCUACAUACAAUCCAUGCAGUCCAAGUAUACGCUGCUUUUCGACCUGAACGAAGCCAUCAAACAGAAGGACCGAGAAAUGAUUGAUGAGAUACUGCAGGCCAAUGUGGUGGAUGAUUGGCAGAAGAACGUUUUCACCGAUAUCCAAAACAAGUAUGAGCCUAAGGAUGAUGAGUUUGCGUAG